ACUAAUUUAACUUUACUUAAACUUUCCGCGGACCAGUAUCCAGACUCCCGGUCUGGCUAUUGAUUUCUCUAUUUAACUCUCUCCCCUCCUCCCGUAUAAUUUCUUCAUCUUAUUCUUCUUCUUCCUUUUCCUCUCUUUCCUCCUUCUUCCUCCUAUAUUUUGUAUCUCCCUACCCCUAUAUCCCGUAUUCUCCUCCCUUCUUCAUCAUCGAUCCACCCGUCUUCCCCACUCGUCCCGCUUUUUAGACUAUGCCGCAACCGAACCUCUACGAACCCAUUCAGAUUGAUACCAGUGAUGAAGACUCCCUCUGCGAUGCCCAGUCCAUCGCCAACUCCAACCUCUCCCUCUCCUCUUCCGUGAGAGACUACUGCUACGAAAAUGGCCGUCGGUACCACGCCUACCGCCACGGCCAAUACCCCAUCCCCAACGACGAGGAAGAGCAGGACCGUCUAGCCCUCAUGCACCAUCUCUUCAAGCUCAUCACCGGCGGCGACCUCUACCGCGCCCCCAUUCGCGCCCUGCGCGAACCCCGCCGCAUCCUCGACAUCGGCACCGGCACCGGCGCCUGGGCCCUCGAGAUCGCAGAGGACUUCCCCCGCGCCGACGUCAUCGGCACCGACCUCAGUCCCAUCCAGCCCAACUGGGCCCCGCCCAACUGCACCUUCCACGUCGACGACGCAGAGAGCGACUGGACCUUCACCCCCGACGAGGCCUUUGACUACAUCCACGCCCGCAGUCUCGGCGGCGGCAUCGCCGACUGGCAGCUGCUGCUGCGUCAGGCGUACCAGCAUCUCAAGCCCGGCGGCUGGCUCGAGCUCCAGGAGUAUGAGACGUGGGUUCGUUCCGACGACGGUACCCACGAGCAGGCGACCAUGCUGCUGGAUUGGCAGCAGAAAUUGGACCAGAGUAGCCGCCAGUUUGGGAAACACAUGAACGUGGCGUCGCAUGUGGCGGAGUGGAUGCAGGAUGCUGGGUUUGUCAACGUGACGGACGAUGUUUAUAAGUGCCCGGUAGGCUCCUGGCCAAAGAGUCCCCGGUUAAAGGAGAUCGGACGGGUGGGCAAGUGCACCCUCUGGGAAGCCGUCGAGCCCUACACGUUGGCGCUGUUCACGCGGGUCAGGGGGUACACCUUUGAACAAUCCCAGGAAUACGUGGACAAGGUGCGGGGGGAGCUGCUCAAUGCGUCGUACCAUACUUAUGUCUUAUACCACUACGUGUAUGGGCAACGGCCUUUGGAUGGGUGAUAGCUGAGUUAUUCUGGUUACGAGUGACGAUAUGACGACAAUUUGGUAUAUUGGUAUUGGUAUUGG